AUGCAAGUAUGGGUCGAUGUCCCACCUUUCAUCGGAUUCGUGCAUGAGAAUGGACAUGGUGUCCUUAGCGACGGCGACGACCCUCUUCUUACGACCAGCAAGACUUCGUUGCAACCAACCCAACCAGCAAGGAACGAGAUAACGAACGGAGAGCCCGAAGCGCAGGUAUGGGAGCUCGAGCAGUCGGUCGACUCCCCGUCUGCAUCUUGCAACCACGAACAGACCGAGCAGCAUUACUCUCCUAUGCAGAUUUCCCUGAUGCACGGGUCCUAUACGUCCGAUCGGCCAUUGACUAUCUCUCCACAACUGCAUACACGAUCGCCAGGCACUGUCCGUAAUCACUUCUCACCAAAGGCUCCCACUGCGGUUUUCGGAAACUUACAUCGCACCAAUUCCAAUCAGUCUGCUUACCAUAUUUCUCCGAAUGGACCCCUGGCUCCUCAAAGCAGUAUGCGUCCAGGGAUUUUAGGUUUAACACCAGAAUUCCAAGCUUCUUCUACGCACUCCCCCUCAGUCACAUGGCCGUUUCAGACGAAUCGCGAAGCCAAGCUAUUCUACCAUUAUAUCAAUCACAUCUCUCCAUGGAUUGAUGUCCUCGAUUCUUCAAGGCACUUUGGAGUCGAGAUUCCUCGGAGAGCAGCUUACCACCCCUUGAUUUCCAACGCGAUCUACGCUAUAUCUGCUCUGCAUUUAAGUCUGAUCGAGGGGACAGAAGAUCUAGAAUCGCCACGUUAUGUGGACGAGAGCCUCCAGUACUUGAAGCAGAUUCUCGAAGACCCCUCGGGACAUUCCGACGAGAACCUUUUGGCAGGUGUAAUCAUUCUUAGAAGCCACGAAGAGAUGUCGGAUAAGGACGAUAAUAUUCAUCUCCUUGGUGGGCAGCGAAUUUUGAAUUCCAUUGCAUCGUAUGCGGCGGAUGGAGGUCUCAGAGAAUCCGCGAGCUGGAUCUCACUCAGGCAGCACAUCUACAUUUCUAUCACCAAACAAUCACCACUGGGACUUAAUUUGAACAAUUACGAGCAUUCGAUGGUUUUCGUCGAGAACAGUGACGAAGCUUGGGCCAAUCGGGCAGUUUUUCUGCUCGCUUGCGUGCUAAAUUACGCAUUUAGCCCGCGAGAAGACGCCUCUUCACAGCACAACAGUUCAAGCUCCGAUACUUGGGCCGAGCUCGAGGCAAAAGUUGACGAAUGGGCGAGGACGAAACCCUGGUACUUUUCGCCUCUCUGGACACAAGCAAUACCAAACGGACAACAGGACGGCAAUUCGUGGCCCGAAGUACUGACGAGUCAUCCAACCCACGCGGUCGGCCUCCAAUAUUAUGCGCUUUCCAAAAUAGUGCUCACCAUCUACAACCCCCGACUGACCAAACUCGGAUUCGGUAGUCACCGUCUCAUAAAGGCCGCGGAAGCCACUGUCCUCCAAAACCUGCGCACCACCAUAGGGAUCGCGGUGAGCAAUCCCGACGUCACCAAUACCAUGUUCCAAAGUUCUCACAUCUUGGCCGCGUGUGGCUCGUAUUUGCACGAUCCUAAGGACCAAGCUGCUGUGGUGGAAUUUCUCACGGGGAUGCAGCAAAGUAUGGGCUGGCGUACAGAUUCAAUCAUUCAAAGGUUGAAAGAGGAGUGGAACAGUUGA